UAUAUUCAUGGUUUCUCACUUUACGGCUGCCAACUACUUAUAUUACAGUCCAUUGCUCUUACUCUCAAUCAGCACAACCAGUAAGCUUUCAAUUUCCACCUCUAAUUUGUGCAUUGGUAUUUAAUUCCAAUGGAUUCAAGAGCUUACAUCCUAAGAGGCAGUGUUACAUAUCUUUGCCUCUUGAUCAUCCUAGCUUCAACUCUUUUCCCUUUGUGUGAUGCUUUAAGUCAUGGAAGAGGUAGAAGCUCCUCAAUCAAAUCAUGGAAGAAACUAAAAUCACAAAAUAGUUUAAACAGAUAUUCAUCAUUUGGGUACUUAGACAUUGAUUCAUAUGGUUCUCCAUCUUCUCAACCACUACCACCUUUCAAUUCACUUGCACCACAACCUACCUCUCUACAACCUAGUUCCCCUGUUUCAAUCCCACCUCAUGAUGGUUUUGAGCCACCAAGUCCUAAAACCAUUGUUACAAUUUCACCACCUACAAGCCCACCAAAACAUGUUCCAAGCCCACCUAAAAGUGCUAUAAGCCCUCCCCAAAUAUACUUGCCACCUAUUGUGUAUCCACCACCACCUUCAUCUCAUAAAAAGCCACCACAAUAUGCAAUUUGGUGUGUUGCAAAACCUACAGUUCCUGAUCCUAUAAUUCAAUUUGCUAUGGACUAUGCUUGUGGGUCUGGGGCUGAUUGUAAAUCAAUUCAGCCCAAUGGAUCAUGCUUCCAGCCCAAUAGUUUGUUGGCCCAUGCUUCAUAUGCAUUCAAUAGCUAUUGGCAGAACACUAAGAUUGGUGGUGGCACUUGUGAUUUUGGUGGGACUGCUAUGCUUGUCACUGUUGAUCCAAGUUAUGACAAGUGCAACUUCAUGUCGACUUAGCAGCUCAUUGCUUGCUUUCUAAUAGUAGCAUUUAAUUUGGAGACAUUAUUUAUUAUGUAAUCAUACAUACCCUUGCUUAAUUAGAGACAUUAUUUGGAAUUACCUUGAUCAUCAUUGUUUCUUUUUCUAUUAUUGGAAUCAUCCUUUGUUGCUUUUUCUAUUAUUGGAAAUAAAGUCACUAACCUUGAUCA